UAACCGUGGAGUGGAUCUUCACUGGACUAUAUAACACACUAGAUCACCAGGUAUAUGUCAGUCGUGAAGUGGACGUUGAGGGGAGGUGUUGGUGUCGUCUCUCUCUCCCUCUAACAGUCUUCUUUACCAAGUGUUCAGCAAGUUCACACUCAGGAGAAUGAUGGAGCGCAGUGGAGUAUUGUUGUUGUUGGUGAUGAUGUGUGGCGUGACCCUGGCCAACCACUGUACCAGCAGCGCCUCCUGCGGCCCCUCCGCCUGCUGCCGCGUUGGUCAGAUGAGGUACAGCAUCCCUUCCUGUACCCCGCUGGGGGACCUCGGACACCACUGCUACUACCCUGGUGGCUCACAGGACAUGACACUCCAUUACCCCAACGGCCUCCAGAUCAAGGUUGAGGACGCGUACCUGGGCAUGUGCCCGUGCCGUGCAGGGCUGGAGUGCUCCAGGACCUCCAGGACCUGCCAGCCGCCCACACGUCUCGCACCAGAGGACAACACUCUGGGCAUCAGGCACUAACAUCUACGCCCGUGCCCAGAAAAUACCCGGCGACUUUGGGGGAAACAAACAAGCAGUUCACCCAAACUUUCUUCAUUGCCACUUAUUGAACAAUGUGCCUUGUUUCAUAGUUUAUAUAUAAGAUUUUAUAGGCCUAGGUAGUUGCCUAGUUUACCUAUCAGCGACAAAAGUAUGGUUCCCGGAGCCCCUGAAUCAUCACAAUGCUUCAGCGUAUACUCGUACCUGUCACAGUAACAAUUAAGAUUAAAAACAAAUCAUAUCUGGGAUUCUGAAGCUUAAGUCGCUGUAACAUGUGAUGUGCUUAAGACACCAGUGGCCGUAAGACUCUUAACCAGUGAUGAACGGGCUUGUGUGAGACAGGGAGUCUUAGUACUACACAGGAAGACACUGAUGUGUAGUACACCCACACCACUGUACUGUCAUUAAGCAAUACAGUACCAUGUGUAUUUAAGGUCAUAUGGGCUUCUUAAGCUUUAUUACAUCUUUCCCAGUGUAUUUUUCUCUUCAUGUUUUGCAAGAAACUAAAUCUCUUGAGACUUUAGGCCUAUGAGGCUGACUUUGUACCAAAGACUCCCUAUCUGGGAAUUAUAUUUUAUAUUGAUGUGCUAUAAUAUAUGAUUUGUAUUAUGUAGUAAACACUCGUGUUGCUUCUUGUGUAUAUAACACCAUGUUCAACAGCUGUUCGUGCAUCAUGAGUGAACACAUUAUGUCCCUACCAUGUGGAACCUGUGUGUGUAAGUCCAUGUACUUACCUGCAUGAAAAUAAAUAUAUGAAUCUGCA